AUGGAAGUUACCAACUGGGAUCCCCUUACAAUCAAUGGAGAUUGUGCUUUGAUGCCCAGUGCUCAAACUCGAAUAAAGACGGACCUGAGAAAAUUUUACCAAGAUCCACCGGAGGGUAUUGUCGUUACUCCGUGUUCCGAAAAUCUGGGAAAAGUUUACGCCGUCAUCAAUGGUCCUGCUGACACUCCUUACGAAGGCGGUUUUUUCAUAUUUCUUAUUGCCUUUCCUACUGAUUAUCCUUUGAGUCCGCCUAAAGUACGCAUCAUCAACACGGGUGGAGGAACUGUCCGAUUUGGCCCCAAUCUUUAUGCAAGUGGAAAGGUAUGUCUUAGUAUUAUUGGAACAUGGUCAGGUCCUCAAUGGUCACCCAUACAAAAUCUGACAUCUGUCUUACUGUCUAUUCAAUCUCUCCUGAAUGCUGAACCUUACUACAAUGAACCAGGAUACGAACAAACAUCCAAUCCGAGGGCCUCGGCCCACUACAACGAAAUGAUCAAGCACGAGACUCUUCGCUGUGCCGUUUGUGACGUUAUGGAACGGAAAGCUAGCUUUCCAGAUGACCUUUUCGAAAUAAUGAAAAUCACAUUUUUGGAGCAAUAUGAUGACUAUCUUCAAGCUUGUAAAGAUGGAGCUGCGAAAGACAAAAUGCCUAUGCGCGAUCCCUUCAGUAACUCUGGGGGUACUUUCCAGUUUAAUGCCAUUCGGAGUCGUCUUGAGGCACUGAAGGCAAAAUUCUAG